AAGAAAAGACAGUUUUUGAUUUAAAAAAGAAAAUCAAAAUCUCCUCUUUUUUCCCUUCAUUCGCUGCAGAUCUCAGCUUUCUCUCUCCCUUAACUCUUACGCCAUCUCUUUAGUCUUUUCUCAAGACUCUUCUCUUUGAACGCUCAAAUCAUUUUCUUCAUCAUUGUUUCUUUCAAUGUAUGCAAAAUCCCAUUCUUUUUUUUUUUCUUUUCACUUCUUAUGAAAAUUUCAUUUCCUCAAAAAUCCAAUUUUUUUCUUCAUUUCAGCCUCAAAAAUCCCAAUUUCCUCUUUAGAGAUUCUCACAUUUUCUCCCAUUGAACUCCAAAAAUCUCCUCCAUCAUCGACUUCCCUUUCAAUGUAUAAAAAACCCUUAUUUUUGUCAGUAGAAAACUGUCCCAUUUCCUCAAAAUCCCAUCUUUUUUCUCUUCGUUUAAAUCUGUAAAAUCCCAUUUCCUCAAAAUCUCAUCUUUCUUUUUUUUUUUUCGCCCCCCUUUGUUUCAAUCUCUGAAAUCCCAUUGUUUUUUACUUAUUCUUUUGACAAUGAGUAAUUCCCAAGCACCCAAAUCAACAAAACCAUCAAAGGCUUCGACUUUACCUGCUUCCAAUCCUCCAAAACCCUCUUCACUUUCUUCUCACCUUGCAAUGGUAGAGCUAAAGCAAAGGAUUUUAACCUCACUUUCCAAGCUUUCUGACCGUGACACUUACCAAAUUGCCGUUGAAGAUCUUGAAAAGAUCAUCCAAUCUCUUUCCCCUGACUCGCUUCCCAUGAUACUCAAUUGCCUUUUUGAUUCUUCCAAUGAUCCAAAACCAGCUGUAAAGAAAGAAUCUUUGAGGUUGCUUUCAAUGCUAUGUAAUUGCCAUGGUGAAUUGGCAGCUUCUCAUUUGACUAAAAUCAUUGCCCACAUUGUUAAAAGGUUGAAAGAUGCUGAUUCGGCGGUGAAAGAUGCUUGCCGCGAUUCCAUUGGGGCCCUUUCAGGGCAGUACUUGAAAGGGGAGAGUGGAGGGACUGUGGUGGGAUUGUUUGUAAAGCCAUUGUUUGAAGCAAUGGGGGAACAAAACAAGGGGGUGCAAUCUGGUGCAGCAAUGUGUAUAGCUAAGAUGGUGGAAUGUGCAGCUGAUCCUCCUUUGGGUGCUUUUCAAAAGCUGUGUCCAAGGAUCUGCAAGCUGUUGAAUAAUCAAAAUUUUAUGGCCAAGGCUUCUCUUUUGCUGGUAGUGGCGAGUUUGUCACAGGUGGGAGCAAUUGCACCUCAGAGCUUGGAAGCUUUACUGCAAAGCAUCCAUGAAUGCCUUGGGAGCACAGAUUGGGUGACACGGAAGGCAGCUUCUGAUACUUUAAGUGCCUUGGCACUUCAUUCAAGCAACCUGAUUGCAGAUGCAGCAGCUUCGACGAUAACUGUACUGGAGGGUUGCCGCUUUGACAGGAUGAAACCUGUGAGAGAUAGCAAGACAGAAGCAUUGCAAUUGUGGAAGAAGAUUGCAGGGAAAGGGGAAGAUGGAGCUGCAGAUGACCAGAAAGCCUUGUCUCAUGACGGUGACAACCCUGAAUCAGCUGAAUCAUUGGAAAAAAAUGGCUUGAAAAAUCCAAAUGCUGGUGAUAAGAAAACAAAUCCAUCAGCAAAGGAUUCAUCUAAUAAUCUAUCCCCUACUUCAGAUUCUGUUUCCAAAGGCAAAGGUGGAAGCAUUCCUGACAAAGCUGUUGUAAUUUUAAAGAAGAAAGCACCAGCAUUAACGGAUAAAGAGUUGAAUCCUGAAUUUUUCCAGAAACUUGAAACAAGGGGUUCUGGUGAUUUGCCAGUUGAAGUAGUUGUUCCUCGUAGAUAUCUUAAUUCUUCAAACUCAAAGAAUGAGGGAGAAUCAGACCAAAAUGAUCCAGACUCAAGGAGAAGGUCGAAUUGCAUGGGAAACAGCCAGGCAGAUGAUUUUCAUGCAUCUUCAAGCAGCAAAAACUGUAAAAUAGAGAGAGGAGCUGCUGGUGUACAGGAUAAAUGGCCUGAAGAGAAGAUAACUGGAAAAGACCUAAGAACAAGGGCAUUUGAUGUUGAUGACAGGAUAGAUGUAAAUCAAAGGGAGCCAACUGGAAAUCGUUUGGGUUUCUUGAAGGUGGAUGGACUAUCUGAAGGAUCCUUUAUCAGCAACAAAGGAAAUUGGUUGGCUAUCCAGAGGCAGUUAUUGCAGCUGGAGAGACAACAAGCACAUCUCAUGAACAUGUUGCAGGAUUUUAUGGGUGGUUCUCAUGAUAGCAUGAUAACUUUGGAGAACAGAGUUAGGGGUCUUGAGAGAAUUGUUGAAGACAUGGCUAGGAAUUUAUCAAUAUCAUCAGGCAGGAGAGGUGGUAAUUUUAUGGCGGGGUUUGAAGGAUCUUCUAAUAGACCUUUAGGGAAGUAUAAUGGCUUCUCUGACUAUAGUUCCAAGUUCAGUGGGCGAAUUCCAUUUGGAGAAAGAUUUGCCCAAUCUGAUGGAAUUGCUCCAGGUGUGAGGGGAAGGGUACCUUCUUGGAGAUCUGAAAUGUCUGAUGAUUGGGAUUUCCCUGCAUCUGGUGCUUCCAGAAAUGGGCAAGUUGCAUCUAGAAGAGCUCCAGCUAGUGGCAGCCUGGAUGGUAGAUCACCUAAAUCAGAACAUGAGAGUGAUCAGGUUGGUGGCAGGAGAGCUUGGGAUAAGGGUCCCGUGCCUGUGAGGCUUGGUGAAGGGCCUUCUGCUAGAAGUGUAUGGCAAGCAUCAAAGGAUGAAGCUACCUUGGAAGCGAUUCGUGUAGCUGGGGAGGAUAGUGGAGCAUCCCGAACAGGACGUGUUCCUGAAUUGACCGCUGAAGCUGUUGGAGAUGAUAAUGUUGGAGCAGAGCGAGAUCCAGUCUGGACUUCUUGGAGUAACGCAAUGCAUGCUCUUCAAGUAGGUGAUAUGGAUUCUGCGUAUGCAGAAGUUCUGUCUACAGGGGAUGAUCUCUUGCUUAUAAAGCUAAUGGAUAGAUCAGGCCCUAUGGUUGACCAACUAUCAAAUGAGAUAGCAAAUGAGGCCUUGUAUGCUAUUGUGCAAUUUCUUCUGGAGCAAGAUUUGUUUGAUAUCUGUCUAUCCUGGAUUCAACAGCUGGUCGAAGUGGUGUUAGAAAAUGGACCCGCCAUGGGUAUUCCCAUGGAGUUGAAGAAAGAGCUUUUGUUGAAUUUGCAUGAGGCGGCUUCCACAAUGGAUCCACCAGAGGAUUGGGAAGGUGCGGCGCCUGACCAACUUCUAUUGCAGUUGGCAUCGGCCUGGGGAAUUGAGCUGCAACAGUUUGAUAAGUAAUGUACUGGUUUUGGAAUCGUGUGUUGUGCAUGCAAACUUCUUGAUUAGGUUGCUGUUUUCACUACAUUCAUUUUACAUGUAAGUAAAUGGUAAGUGAAUGAAAAAAAAAAGUUGUAAAAAUUUCUAUCAUGGCAUUGGGCUUUAAACUAUUGAUUGAUACAAAGCUGGCAUAGGUUACUUAUACAUUUUUGUAUGUCAUGGCAAGAUAGUGGCCUCUCAUGUAAAUGUAGUCAUGAGUGAUAUACCUUUUAGCCAAUAGAUUUGUCAUGAAGAGAUUAUGUAAAGUGUAAUAUUGCAGUCUUUUACUUAAAAACUUGCAAAAAGCACUUGUCUUCCAAUU